GCGCCUUCUUCAAUUUCAUCUCACCAUCUUCAUUACUUUCUCAAUUUCUAACACCUUCCUACCAAACCGCGAGUAAGUUGAAAGAAUCUAGUGUUCAAAUCGCAAAAUGGCCGGAGGAAGGAAAGGAGGAGGACCAAGGAAGAAGUCAGUCACCAGAUCUGUUAGAGCUGGACUUCAAUUUCCAGUCGGAAGAAUCGGUCGAUUCUUGAAGAAAGGUAGAUAUGCUCAACGUGUUGGUACUGGUGCUCCUGUUUACUUAGCUGCUGUUCUUGAAUACCUUGCUGCUGAGGUUCUUGAGUUGGCUGGAAAUGCAGCACGUGACAACAAGAAGAACAGAAUUAGUCCAAGACAUUUGUUGUUGGCUGUGAGGAAUGAUGAAGAGCUUGGUAAAUUGCUUGCUGGUGUUACCAUUGCUCAUGGUGGUGUUCUACCUAACAUCAACCCUGUGCUUUUGCCUAAGAGGACUGAAAGUGCUUCUACUGCUACCAAGUCUCCUUCCAAGGCAAAGAAAUCUCCCAAGAAGGCUUAAAUAGAUGCCUUUAGACUUUAGGUUGUGUAUUUAAGUUUAUGAUCUUUUAAUUGUGAUGGAGGAAUGUUCAAUGUAUACCAAGUAGUGUAAUUCGAAUGUUUUGUAUCUCAUGUGGAGUUUGAUUUAAUAUUGAAAACAUUUUGUUUUCUGUCAA